UAUGAAGGCUAUGUUACUCUAAUGUUCAUAUGCAGUUGGAUCUAUAUACCGCAUCCAAUGGAGUUCUAAUUAGAAAUGCUGCCAGAACUAAUCCCAAAGAUCCUUCUAUCGAGUUGGGACCUGAAUUUGAUAAGUAGCAAUGGAUUUUCACUUAUGUACUUUGAAGGGUUCACGGUAAAGGGAUUGGGAUUACAAGGAGGAAGGAUGUUGCAUCUUUCUUGGGUAAGUAGGCCAAUGAAGAGAUGGUCAAUGCAAUGCAUGUUCUGCUUUUGUAUCUACGAAGUGCUCCAGAUGAUGAAAAACCUUUGGUUGCCAUACUUAUGCUGCACUUUGAUCUACUGGUAGAACCUCGGAAGUACAGCAUAUACAGUGAAGAGGCUGUUGAUGCAAUUUCUGCAUAAGUUAUGCAAAUGAGAGGUUGCAACAACAUUUCAACCGGCAUCUGUUAAAACUAGAACAGGAAGUGAGCAUCACACAUGGACCGUAUCUUUAGUAGUUUUGUUUAGUAUUUAUAUGAUGGGGAUUAUCGCUAAAAGCCGGAUAUUCUUUUUUGAUUCAUUUCUGUCGUCAUUAUUUAUUGUGCAAGAUUAGUUAUUGUGCAAGAUUAUUUAUUCUCUCAUUAUGUGUACUAUAAAGAAAAAUAUUUAUGUCAUUCUUGUGGAAAAUGUAGAUGAAUGUAUUUCAUUUUCAUAUUA